UAACCGAACUCCGACGACCACAAAGAAACGGUUCCUUUUCGCAGCUUUCGCAGUCGUUUAAAAAGAAGAAGCAAAUCUAAUUGGACCAAGGAAACAUUUUCAGCUGUUACUUUUUUAUUUGCAUUCCUUGUUCACUUUCUCUAAUUUGAAUCUCUGAAGUCGUCGUCUCUCUUGCCUCUGAUCUCUCUCCUUCUCGCCGUCGAUUGAGAUGGAGAGCUUACCGACGACGGUCUCUGCGAAAUCAGACCGGCGAGGUAGGUCUUCAAAAUCUCAGAGUACCUCCAAGCCUUCUCUUAUCAUGGCCUUCUUCUCUUGUCUAGCUUGGCUCUACGUCGCUGGUCGGUUAUGGCAAGAUGCGCAGCACAGAGCAGCACUCAACACUGUGCUUAAGAAGAAUUAUGAUCAGAGGCCUAAGGUUCUUACGGUGGAUGACAAGCUGGUGGUUCUUGGAUGCAAAGAUCUUGAGAGGAGAAUUGUUGAAACUGAAAUGGAGUUGGCACAGGCGAAGAGUCAAGGCUAUCUUAAAAACCACAAAAGUGUUUCUUCUUCAGGGAAGAAGAUGCUUGCUGUGAUUGGAGUUUACACAGGCUUCGGGAGUCACUUGAAGCGCAAUAAAUUUAGAGGGUCUUGGAUGCCUCGAGAUGAUGCUUUGAAAAAACUUGAAGAAAGAGGAGUUGUCAUACGCUUUGUGAUUGGUCGGAGUGCUAACCGAGGUGAUAGCUUAGAUCGGAAAAUUGACGAGGAAAAUCGUGCAACUAAAGAUUUUUUGAUUCUUGAGAAUCACGAGGAAGCCCAAGAAGAGUUACCCAAGAAAGUCAAGUUCUUCUACAGUGCUGCGGUUCAGAAUUGGGAUGCAGAGUUUUAUGUCAAAGUUGAUGACGACGUUGACCUAGAUCUUGAGGGGUUGAUUGGGCUUCUUGAAAGCCGUCGUGGUCAAGAUGGUGCUUACAUUGGGUGCAUGAAGUCUGGAGAUGUGAUUACUGAAGAGGGAAGUCAGUGGUAUGAGCCUGAGUGGUGGAAAUUCGGGGACGACAAAUCGUACUUCCGUCAUGCAACUGGUUCGCUUGUGAUACUCUCCAAGAAUCUGGCUCAAUAUAUCAAUAUAAACAGUGGUUUGUUGAAGACAUAUGCGUUUGAUGAUACCACUAUCGGAUCUUGGAUGAUUGGUGUCCAGGCAACAUAUAUAGACGACAAUCGUCUUUGCUGCAGCAGCACAAGACAAGAAAAAGUGUGUUCCAUGGCAUGAUCAGUGCGUAGCUGAUCCGCUUGUCCCCGAGCAAAUACUGCGGUUUCUCAUCACAUCCAUGGCGAAUUCUUGGACCCGAAACCGAGUCUAUAAUUCUUUUUGUUAGAAUGAAAGUAUGAUUAGGCCAUUCAUUACAGUGUGUGAUUAGGCUGUGAAUGAAGUAUACUUUCUUUUGUUGUCCAUCAUUGGUCCGUUUAUUACAUAAUAUUCUUAGCUCAAUCUCUUACAUAACCUUAAUUUGGAAGGACAUGGGAUGAUGGGAAGUGUAAUGUAACGAUAUUUCACUACUUCACCUAUCAUAUUCUAUACUACAUGUCUCUGCG